GUGACUACCAAAAAUGAAGUAGAGAGGCGAAGAGAGAAAAUGAUUAAGGUUGCAGUCAAAAGAUCAAAAGAUCCAAUCAUCCUCAAACGUCUACAUGCUCUCCUUUACGGCACAAACACAAACCCUUCGUCUCAACAGCAACAUGAAGGAGAAGGAGAAAGCAUACAUAAUAAAACAUAUUGGACUAAAAGAAUCCACAGUCUCUGCACUCAACAUGGAAAAGUAGACGAAGCUCUUCUUCUUCUCGACAAUCUCCGUCUCCAUGGAUAUUCUCCUGAUUCACUCAAUCUCAGCAGCAUCAUUCAUGCUCUUUGCAGUUCAUAUCGUUUCACAGAUGCUCACAAUCGUCUUAUUCAGUUCAUUAAUACCCAUCACUCUGUUCUUGAUGAACGUACUUGUAAUGUCCUCAUUGCUCGUCUCCUGGAUGCUAAAACUCCUCAACAGACUUUGAUUGUUAUUCGUAGUUUAAUUGCUGCCAAACCUGCAUUUGUUCCGUCUUUGAUUAAUUAUAAUCGUCUCAUCAAUCAAUUUUGCUCUUCUAAUCAAUCCGAUGAAGCCCGUAAGUUGUUUGACGAUAUGAAAAUUCGGGGCCAUUCUCCGAAUUCGAUAUCUUAUACUACUAUGAUCAAUGGAUUUUGUAGAGUUGGCGAAUUGGAUAAUGCGUAUAAAGUGCUUGAUGAAAUGUCUAACAAUGGGGUACUGCCUAAUUCUCUUACUUACAGUGUUUUACUAAGAGGUGUUUUACGGAAAAGGAAUGCCGAGGAGUAUCCGGAACUGAUGAAUCAACUUUGGCGAAAAAUGAUCAAUGAAAAAGACAUGUCUGUAAACAAUGCGGCUUUCGCUAAUCUUAUUGAUUCUUUGUGUAGAGAAGGGUUCUUUCAUGAAGUUUAUAUGAUUGCAGAAGAAAUGCCUCAAGGGAAAAGUGUAAACGAGGAGUUUGCGUUCGGCCAGAUGAUAGAUUCGCUUUGCAGAGCGGGACAAAAUCACGGGGCGUCGAGAAUUGUUUACAUAAUGAGAAGAAAAGGGUUUCUCCCAAGUCUUGUUUCAUAUAAUUGUAUAGUUCAUGGUCUCAGCAAAGAUGGAGGUUGCAUGAGAGCUUAUCAGUUGUAUAAAGAAGGUACUGAAUUUGGAUACCAUCCAUCACAGGCUACAUACAAAGUUUUAGUGGAAGCUCUAUGCCAGGAAUCUGAUAUCUGCAAGGCCAAAGAUUUACUUGAAUAUAUGUUGAGCAUAGAAGCAAUCGACAGGACUCGUAUCUACAAUAUAUUCUUAAGGGCACUCUGCAAUUUAGAUAAUCCCAGUGAGCUUCUUAACGUACUUGUUUCCAUGCUUCAGAACCAAUGCCAGCCCGAUGUGGUUACGCUCAACACUAUUGUAAAGGGAUUGUGCAAAAACAAAAGAGUUGAUGAAGCUCUAAAAGUUCUUAACGAUAUGUUGGCAGGGAAUCUGUGUGCUCCAGAUGUUGUGACGUUCACAACGGUUAUUUCUGGUUUACUAAAUGAUGGAAGAACUGAGGAGGCCUUUCAUUUAUUACGUGUGAAAAUGCCUGAAAACGGUCUUAAGCCAGGUAUUGUGACUUAUAAUGCACUUCUUCGUGGUCUGUGCAAAUUACAGAAGGUUAAUGAGGCAAUGGAUAUCUUUUGUGACGUUCUGAAAGAUGGAAAAGUUUUCAACAGUACUACUUGCACAAUAAUGAUUGAGGGUUUAUGUAGAUCGAACAGAAUAGAUGAAGCAAAGAAAUUUUGGGAUGAUGUGGUUUGGCCUUCAAAAAUCCAUGACGAUUUUGUUUACGCAGAAAUAUUGAAAGGGUUAUGCGGUUCGGGUAGAUUUAACGAAGCAUGUGAUUUCUUAUAUGAAUUGGUUGAUUGUGGGGUUUCUCCAAAUAUUGUAAAUUAUAACAUUCUGAUCGACAAAGCUUGCAAGUUAGGUUUGAAAGCACAGGCUUACCAGAUCUUGGGAGAGAUGGGAAAGAAUGGUUUGGCCCCAGAUUCCAUAACAUGGAGAGUUCUGGGUAAAUUACAUGGGAAUUUAAAGAAGUAACUUGUUAUAGGUGCGGCAUGGUUUAUUAGAGGGGCGAUAGUGUGAUAGUAAUGUCCGUCUAGUUGGUUAGGGGAUGUCUUAUAGGGGGUGUAAAUUAACUAGAUUAUCUUCCCCAUUUUAUAACCUAAAUCAAAAAUUUGUUUUCUUUCUUCUUCUCUUUUCCUCCUCCCAUCAACCAUAACCUCCAUUAAAACUCAAAAUUUC